AUGAGCCUCGUCGAAGAUCGGACGGAAAGACCUUCAUCCACAAAUGGCGUGCUUGCAAUUGUGAGGGGGGGUCGGCCGGUCCAUGCUAUGCGGCCACCCUCCUCCACCGUAUUGGCGUCACCCCGCCGCCCCAUGCUCGGCCGAGUGUGCUUGGGGGAAGCUGAGGAUGGAUGCUCCGUACAGUUGACAAAGUACUUGCCUGACCUUUUCCGCGCAAUGGGUGUCGCCAGGCAGGCUGUCAGGCUGUCGGACUGCCAGCAUGCGCGCCACGGCUACAUGGUGCCUCGAGCGUGCAGCGGCUUCCGGGGGAACGGGCUCGCAACCCAAGAUGCCUCAACGCUACCUCAGCACGCUACCUCGUACAUCAGACUGCGUCUCAGUAACGGCUCGAUCCUCCAAGACACGCGGCCGUGCUCAACAUCUCGAUCCCUCUGUGGCGGACUCGACACCACCACCACCAGAAACCGCUGUCGACAAGGAGAGUCGGCCCUCGGUUGUCAUGCCAUGUCUCUCCCCUUCCUUGGGUCUGGCCUGGGGCUUGGCACCUUGAGCUCGUCUAAUCCGGGUGCAUCACAACUAGGUCCAAUUUGGAUGCCCCGCCGCCGACUCUGGGUGGCCAAGGGCCGGCCCAUUUCUCCAGAAGUUCCCAUCAUCCCCAAGCACAUCCGCCGUCCGCCCCCGUCUCCACCUCCCACUCCCCACCUCCACCGCCGGGCCAGCCUAGGGUCUGGGGUUCGCUCCCGACAAGUCGACUCAGAGCCCUCCAGGAGCCCUCCAGAGACCCUUGUCCCUGUUGUCCCCCAUACAUAA